AUGGGCGCGACAAGACACAUACCGACCGCUAUAGUCCUCCUCCUAAUUCUCCUAACACUGCAGCCGCCACCCGCUACUCGCGGGCAGACGUUCAACGACAUUCGUUACAAGGGCGUGGGGUUACAGACAUGCGUACCUUCCGCGAUGGUUCGCUGCAACCGGCCGUGCAACUCGACGGCGGGGACGGACGGCCGGUACCUGGUGCCCAUCCGGUGCACGACGCAGACGAGCGUGCGACGCGUGACGACGCCGUACUGUGCGAGCAAUGCGAUCACUCGGGUGCAGUGCUGCCUCAAAUGCGUGAAUGCGGGGUCAUGCGCCUACUGGCAGCAUAUCAUCCCACCCAGCCCCGUGUGCGCGGGGUGCGGCAUGUGCGUCAUUUACCCCGCGGCGGCGGCUGCGCCAACAUGCGCCACGGCCAACAUCACGGUCAAGAAAGUCGUUCGCUUGAACGCCAAUGUCUCCACUGUCGGCACCCCCUGCGGCAGCACCAAAAACGACCCGCACUUCCGCGGCGCGCACGGCACGCGGUUCGAGUUCAACGGCGCGCCGGAGAAGUCGUACUGCCUGCUGACGGACUCGAGCCUGCACGUGAACAUGAAGAUGCGCGGGUACUACGACACGCGCACCAUCGGCGCGUCUCUGCUGCGCAACGGGCUGGCUGUGCGCACGUGGAUCCGCGAGCUGGGGGUCGUCUGGCGGGAACCUCCCGCGGAGGCCGUGCAGACAGCGGAAAUCGGGAGGGGAUCGAAGGCAGCGGAAGGAGAAGACGGAGCAGAAGAAGAUGCGGAAGCGGAAGAGGAAGGGGGAAGCGGGGGAGCGAAGUUGCCUGUGGGAGGUCCACAGCGGAAGCACGCGCUACGGCUGGUGGCGCGGGACGGGAAAGGGCAGGGGCGAACGGAGGGCGGGCGACUCCUACGACUUGUGGAGCUGGAUGGAAAGGCGAUGCCGGAAUUGAAACCUGGCCAGCGGCACUCCUUCCCCGGCUUCUCCUUCUCCUUCGAAGCUGAGGAAUCAAUUGGUGAAGGCUUUUUCCAGACACCCACGGAUGCACAAGCGCAUAUCAACCUCCAUUUCUCGCACAUAAAGCCGUCACCAAGAAUACACGGAGUGCUCGGGCAGACGUAUAGGAGCGGAAGGGAGAAAAGGGCUAUGGAUUUUUCAGCCCUUGCAGUUCUGUUGAGACACCCUAUUGCUGCCGAAGGGGAGGAGGGCCGAGGCUUUUUGGAUGGGCGCACCGAGGACUAUGAGACUUCUGAAGUGAUGAAGACCAACUGUGUGUAUUCUUCCUUCGACGGACAAAACCUCCCAGGAAAUGUUGUCUAG